CUGGUAAGGAACGUUCCAAAUCCUUAGCUAGAGGCGGUGUCUUUAGAAGCGAUCACCCAGACGACGGUGGAUUGGGCCGGAUCCCGGAACCUGAGAGCACAGCGGCCGGCUUCCGGCCGGACUUUUUAGAAAGGUGCACUGACCGAGGCCGGUGGACCAUGAGAAGGCCGGAGCCAGGCCCGGAGCCGAGCAUGGAGGGGGAUGUGCUCGACACGCUUGAGGCCUUAGGAUACAACGGUCCUCUUUUAGAAGAACAAGCACUUAUCAAAGCAGUAGAAAAUGGCCUGUCCUCACCUGAAUUUUCAGAGCUCUGUGUUUGGUUAGCAUCUCAGAUAAAGCCAUUAUGUGACUUAGAAGAAAGCAUUUCUUCAACUGCUGGAAGUGAAGAUAUAGAGAGCUUCCAGCUUGAGAUAAGUGGUUUUCUGAAAGAAUUGUCCUGUCCCUAUUCAACACUCAUCUCAGGAGACAUUAAAGAUCGUUUAAAAAAGAAAGAUGAUUGUUUGAAACUCUUAUUAUUUUUGAGUACAGAACUUCAGGCAUUACGGAUUUUGCAGAAAAAGAAGCUCAAAGGUUCUCAAUUGGACAAAAACAAUGAAAUUUACCAGGAAGUACAAGCUAUCUGUGACACCUUGUGCUUGCCAAAAUCAACUACUUCUGACAUUCCUGUCAUACUAAACCAUGUGGAAUCAAAGAUGAAGGAUAUUCUCUCAAAAGUUCAAAAUAACCACAUAGGAAAACCAUUGCUGAAAACGGAUUUAAGUCCAGAACAGGCGGAACAAUUGGAAAGGAUCAAUGAUGCUCUCUGCUGUGAAUAUGAAUGUCGUCGGCGGAUGUUAAUGAAGCGAUUAGAUGUUACAGUUCAGUCCUUUGGAUGGUCUGAUAGAGCCAAGGUAAAAACAGAUGAUAUAGCAAGAAUAUAUCAGCCUAAGCGUUAUGCAUUGUCACCAAAAACAACAAUUACACUAGCACAUCUUCUUGCUGCUCGUGAAGAUCUAUCCAAGAUUAUAAGAACAAGCAGUGGUUCUACCCGGGAGAAAACUACAUGUGCCAUCAAUAAGGUGCUGAUGGGAAGGGUUCCAGACAGAGGAGGAAGGCCAACUGAAAUUGAACCACCACCUCCUGAAAUGCCUCCUUGGCAGAAGAGACAAGAAGGCGGAGGGAGGGGUGGCUGGGGUGGAGGUGGAGGUGGAAGAGGAGGAGGUGGUGGGGGUGGCCGAGGUGGUUGGGGAGGAGGUGGAGGUGGAGGUGGAAGAGGAGGUGGUGGUGGGGGAGGCUGGGGAGCCAGUGGUGGUGGUGGUGGGGGAGGAGGUGGAGGUUGGGGUGGGGGUAGAGGUGGGGGUUUUCAAGGCAGGGGAGAUUAUGGUGGAAGAGGAGAUUAUGGUGGGAGAGGGGGUUAUGGUGGGAGAGGAGGUUAUGGUGGGAGGGGGGGUUAUGGGGAUCCAUAUGGCGGAGGAGGUGGAGGUGGAGGGGGUGGAUAUAGAAGAUAUUAAAAUUCCGUUCUAGAUAAAUUAGAUGAUGCUUGUUUUCUAGUAGAAGGAUGUGUUUGGUACUUUUAGGCAUAGUAUUUUAAAUAACAGAUUUGAAUAUGCUCUAUGAAGUAUACAUUCUUUAGACCACCUGAUACCAUUACUAUGGAAUCUGAUUAGAACAUAAGAGCAUUGUUUUUAUAUUGAAUUUUGAUCUCUUAAGGGAAAUGGCCCCUGUACUCCAUGUAUCCUUGAGCAUGUUGGAGCUUUUUUUUUUCAAAAAAAAAUGAUGAGGAGAAAAUAAAAUAAAAAACUUUUUAACAAUGUAAAUAUUUAUUACCACUAAUCUUAGAACAUGGGAAGGGAAGCAUUUUAGUAUCUUCUUGAUCAGAGUUUAGACUCUAAAAUACCUAUAUUUUAUUUAAGUUUGUUUCAUAGAACUGACCUCACUUCCCAUGAAGCUGUAGAUUGUUGGCUUCAUCAGUAUUUUUUUGUAUAUCCUUUGUAUUUGUUAGCUGCUCCCACCUCCUUUUUUUUGCUAGGGAAUAAGUAGUCAAGGGUCUAACAUGCAUAUAUCCAAUUUUCCUUUUUCUUUACAGGAGGGACUCCCUCUAUAUUUUUGCUAUGUUCCUUCUCUAUAAUCCAAACCUAUUUGUACAUAUGAAAAGUAGCAGGUUUUCCUUGCUUUAUAAAAUUUCUCUGUAGCGUUUGAAAAUGAUUUUUUUGAUUUGAAUUUAAAAUCUUUGGAAUUUUCAUAUCUCACUAACAAAAGAAAGUUGAAGAUUCAAGUGAAAAUUAUCUUAAUAUCAACAAAGGUUAUAUGUACUGUCUGCAUAAAAGCAUGAAAUAGCUUUCUUUGGGGGAAAGGGAACAAGCCUUUGAAGAAAAUGAUAAUUUUUGCCUCACUUGGCCUUAGACCAUAUAUAAAUGCAAGCUGAGAUGUCUUCCACAUUUUAAAGUAAGGAAUUGACUGGCCCUUUGGGCCAGAUUUUUUAUCUGGUUAUUCUUUAAUGUUAAAAUAUGGCCAGAAAUAAGAUUGGCUUGGCAGAUUCACUGUAGUGCCACUUCCUGAAAGAACAAUCUCAUUUGACUGUUGGGUGAGUCAGCAAGUUGGGAUAGUUCACCAGGGAGCUAACUCGGUUCCUCUGGACUGAUGGUUAGAACAAUGGCCUGGGAAUCUAGAAUCCAGAGUUGUAAUCAUGGCACUAUUUACUGGUAUAUUUGUGGGGUGGAGCAAAUGCUAUCUCUGAGAAAGAAAUAUCCCACAUAUGACAUGGGGAUGAUAACACCUUGCUUACUUGCUUCACAAAUAUGUAAACAUUAGUGAAAUAAUGUUGGGAAGUCUUUUGGGGCAGUUGCUUGUAUUCAGGGAGCAGAUGAUGAAUGAUAAAUCUCUUCUUAGAAAUAUGGUUGGGCUACACAAGUUCUUCUCAGGCAGGUUGUAGAACCAUUAACCCAGCACAUGUAUAACAACUUUUCAAACCCCAGUUAAUUUAGUAGACGUGAAAACAUGUAUCGUUAUCCAGAGAAGUAAUGUGAUUACUUGUUGAACAAUUUUUCAAAAGAAGCCAUUAGGUAAAAUCCUAAAGAAAUGUAAUACUAUUAAAAAAGGAAAUGAUUCUGUAUGCUGUAGUCUUGAAAAAUGUAUUUUCAAGCCAACCCUUUAAGAUAAGAUACUUUCCAGAGGAAAGGAAAAUGUAGAAUUUUUUUUUAUUAUUUGUGAGCAUUUGUUUAGGGUAUUUUUGGUAUGUUUAUGUUUUAAUGGACAAAAACAUUCAAGUUCUCAUUUGUGACAAUAGAAAAUAUCCUUUCCAUAUUUAAGAAAACAUCUUUUAGUAACAGCUGUGAACACUGAAUAAAAUAUUGUUUUAAGUUUCAUUUGUGUUAUUUUUAUAAAACCUAACAUUAUGCUCUACCAAAUUAUUGUCACCUACUCUAAGUAGAACAGAAAGGACCACUUGAAAAAAUAAAAAUAAUUUAAAAAAUCA